UGAGGACCGCUGCUUAUAAAGCUCCAGCCCCCUCAGCCGUCUGGCCCGGAUAGAAGAACCUUGCUAGGAGCUGCUCCAGGAUGUCCAAACCCAAGGCAGGGCCUCCUCCUGGCUGUACGCUGGACAUGAAGGCAGGGCCUCCUCCUGGCUGUACGCUGGACGUGAAGGCAGGGCCUCCUCCUGGCUGUACGCUGGACGUGAAGGACUCCCAGGUCCAGGAGGCUGCCAUACGCAUCCAGGCCUCGUACCGGGGGCACAGAUCCCGUAAGGAACUGAGGGAGAAAGGUCCUCCUAAGAUCCUGCAGGAGCUGCGGGACGUGGUGCUGCUGGAGGGCAGCGCUGCCAAGCUGGAGUGCCGCGUCAGCGCCUUCCCAGACCCCUUCAUUGUCUGGUCCAAGGACGGCCGAGAGCUGAAGGACGACCCCAAGUACCGCUACGUGUUCGAGGACCCUGACUUUGUGGCUCUGGUGGUGCGAGAUGGCGUCCUGGCAGACCUGGGGAGAUACACGGUCACCAUAAAGAACCCGUUUGGACAGGCGUCUGGAUCUGCCUGUAUCCUGGUAGAAGUCCCAGCUAAGGUGACCAAAGGGCCAGACAGCGUGAAGAACAAGCGAGGGACCACCUUGGUGCUGAGGGCAGAGAUCAGCGGGGAGCCGGCUCCGGACGUUGGCUGGAUCAAAGAUGGAGACGACAUUGAGGAGGACGAAAGAGUGUUCUAUGAUAUUGGGGACACCAACACAAUCCUGACCAUAAAAAAUGCUCAACUAUCAGAUGCGGGCAAGUAUGAGGUGUUUGUGGAGAACAGUCUGGGCACGGACCAGUCGUUCGCACGUGUGGACAUUCUGUGAACUGCCGGGGAAAACUGCCUACAAGCUGCUCUCCAGGAUAGUAGUGCUGUAAACUGAUGUACAUAACAUAAAAAAAUGCCUCAAUAAAAGAUAAAGGAAAUGGC